GUGGUUGAUGACAUUCAAUCUCUCCCCUCUCUCUCUCUAUUUAUGGCGUUUCUGAAAUAACGCCUCCCAAAGCCAAUCCCCACCCGUCCUCCCCACAUUACUCACUCUCAAAGGAGAGUUGGAGAAAGUCAAGCGACUUCUCCUCCUUCUCCAUCUCGGCAUCUCCAUCUUCUUCUUCUUCUAGCUAUCUAAGCAUGGCAAGAGAGAAGCUGCAAGGGCGAAUCACCAUAUGUCCUGCUGCAGUGCUGCUGCUGGUGCUGCUCGUGGGUUCGGUUAGCUGCAGUCAUCAUCAUGCAAAUCAUCAUCAUCAUGGAGCGAAAGAAGGAGGAGAAGCGGAAAGGGACAGGAUAAGGUCGCUGCCAGGGCAGCCGGAGGUGAAGUUCCAGCAGUACUCCGGCUACGUGACCGUCGACAAAGCAGCCGGGCGAGCCCUCUUCUACUGGCUCACUGAAUCGUCUUCCUCCCACGCCCUCUCCGACCCUCUGCUCCUCUGGCUCAAUGGAGGUCCAGGUUGCUCAUCGGUGGCGUAUGGCGCAUCGGAGGAAGUUGGCCCCUUCAGGAUCAACAAGACUGCUUCGGGUUUAUACCUCAACAAAUUCUCAUGGAACACCGUCGCCAACUUGCUCUUCCUCGAAUCCCCUGCCGGCGUUGGCUUCUCCUACUCCAACCGAUCCUCCGAUUUGCUCGACACCGGCGACAUUCGCACCGCCAAGGACUCACUAGAGUUCCUGGUCCGGUGGAUGGACCGUUUCCCUCGUUACAAGAACCGGGAAGUCUACCUCGCCGGAGAGAGCUACGCUGGCCACUAUGUCCCUCAGCUGGCUAGAGAGAUUAUGCUCUAUAAUAAGAACUCCAAGCAUCCAAUCAAUCUCAAGGGGAUCAUGGUUGGGAAUGCAGUGACGGACAACUACUACGACAACCUAGGCACCGUGACCUACUGGUGGAGCCACGCCAUGAUCUCCGACAGGACGUACCGCCAGCUCAUCAACACCUGCGAUUUCCGGAAGCAGAAGGAGUCCGACGAGUGCGAGACGCUCUACAGCUACGCCAUGGAUCAGGAGUUCGGCAACAUUGAUCAGUACAACAUCUACUCGCCGCCUUGUAAUCGCUCCGAUGGAAGUAGUAGGAAUACUCGCCACUCCAUGAGAUUGCCUCACCUUCCCCGUAACAACAAGGCUCCGAGGGAGCUGAGUGGGUAUGAUCCAUGCACGGAGAAGUAUGCAGAGACAUACUACAAUAGGCCAGAUGUGCAGAGUGCUCUCCAUGCCAAUACCACCAACAUCCAGUACAAAUGGACUUCUUGCAGUGAGGUUCUGAAUCGGAACUGGAACGAUUCAGAGACAACCAUCCUCCCAAUAUACAGGGAGAUGAUUGCUGGCGGCCUCAGAGUUUGGGUUUUCAGUGGGGAUGUGGAUUCGGUGGUGCCAGUAACAGCAACAAGGUACUCUCUGGCACAGCUCAAGCUGGUGACCAAACUGCCAUGGUACCCUUGGUAUGUUAAGAAACAGGUUGGAGGGUGGACAGAGGUAUACGAAGGGCUCACAUUCGCAACGGUGAGAGGAGCAGGACAUGAAGUGCCACUGUUCAAACCAAGAGCAGCUCUUCAGCUUGCCAAGUCUUUCUUGAAAGGCAACCCUCUCCCUAAAUCCUGAAGAAGGCCGACUCCCAAAGUGGGGAUGAUCAAAUGUAAUCAAUUCCACAGUGUCUGGUGUCAUCAACUUUGUGGGUAGAGCGUACGUAAGAAAGGUAGCUAGUUAGGAAUGUGGGUCAGAAAACAAAGGGAAACAAAUCCAGAGAGGCAGGGGAUCAGGGGAAAAUGAAAAGGGAAGGAGAAGAAUAUAUAUGUUGAUUGAAGGGAAUUGGGAUGUCAUUGUGAGUUGGUGUUUUGCCUUUUCUCUUUGUAUUGGGGAAAACUGUGUCUUAGUCAUUUGACUAUUUAUCCUCUGCUAUCUCAUUGAAAACAAUUGGGGAUGGGAAAAGACUGUUGUUCUUUUUUGCUACUGUUUUGUGUGGUUCUGACUUGUCUAAAAACAUUUCAUGAACAGAAAUGAUGGUUCACUCCCUAAAACGAGGGGAUUUCGGAUUUGGGGCAGAUGAGCCUGUACGUAGGGGUGGGCAUCCGGUUCGGUAAACCCGAACCGAACCGAAACCGAAACAGACCGAACCGAAACCGAAAUAUUCUUGUUCGGUUCGGAAUUCGGAAGGCAGAAUUCAUUAUUUCGGAAAUCAGGGUCUGUCCAACCGAACCCGAAUUCCGA